AUGCGGACUUUGUUGGUAUUGUGUUUGGUGGCCACAGCAUGUGCCCAAUACAAUUACGGUAGUAGCGGUUCAUCGAAACUAUUGGGAAGUUCGUCGGCUCCAGCUCCCGUUGUUGGUGGUGUCCACAAGGAAUUUUAUUAUUUUACAGCUCCCGAAGGUUUACUUGAUGAUCCACAUGCUAGUGAAAUUUUGGCAGCUGCUUCGAAAAAGAAAAUCCGUGUCAUCUUCAUCAAGAAUCCCGAAAAUAAGGCAUACGAAGAUGCUGUUGCUAAACUAGUGAAACAGGCUAUGGAACAACGUACCGCCAUCUAUGUGCUUACCAAACAACCUGAUUUGAAUGAAUUGGCCAACAAAUUCAAUGCCAUUCGUAGCAAUGUCAAUGCCAAGCCAGAAGUUCAUUUUGUUAAAUAUCGUACACCGGAAGAUGCGGCCAAUGCUCAACGCGCCAUUCAAAGCCAAUAUGAUUCAUUGGGCGGUACUUCGCAAAAUUUCAAUGGUGGUGUUGCUCCAGUAAUUAAUUUUGCUUCGGCAGCUCAGAAUUACGGUAAACAAAGUGCUGCUUCCACUGCUGUGCCAGCUCAAAGUCCUGAAAGCAUUUAUUUGCCAUCGGCAAUUUUACGUAAAUAUCGUACUCAGCGUCGUGUUUAA